ACCCCAACCACUUUCAUCAACAACUCAUUCAAACAACAAAGCAGACUUUUCUCAGCUUCAUCCGCAAACAUGGUUCAAAAGGUUUACUUCGACUGCUCCUGGACCGGUCCUCAGGUCAACGUUGAUUCCAACGGCAAGCCUACCAACACCGACCGCGAGAUCAAGCAGCGCUCCGGCCGCAUCAACUUCGAGCUCUUCGACGACGUUGUCCCCAAGACCGUCGAGAACUUCCGUGCUCUCUGCACUGGCGAGAAGGGCUUCGGCUACUCUGGCUCCAAGUUCCACCGUGUCAUCCCUGACUUCAUGCUCCAGGGUGGUGACUUCACCCGUGGCAACGUGAGUGAACAAAACAUCCACAGCUCGACUUGCACACAACUGACAAUGCUUCACAGNGGCACUGGUGGCAAGUCCAUCUACGGUGAGAAGUUCGCCGACGAGAACUUCAAGCUCACCCACAACAAGCCUUUCCUCCUCUCCAUGGCCAACGCCGGCCCCAACACGUAUUUCUUCAUCACCACCGUCGUGACCAGCUGGCUCGACGGCCGCCACGUCGUCUUCGGCCAGGUCCCCGCUGGUGACGUCGCCUCCAUGUCCGUCAUCAAGUCUAUCGAGGCUUGCGGUUCCAGCUCUGGUGCCAUCAANGGGUGGCGGUGCUCCCCCACCAUCACCGCCUCUGGCGAGAACUAA